GGUAUUUCUCUAAAAAAAUACUCCCCAGUUAAAGCAAACAAGGUAGUGGUGAUGGUGGUGGCUGUGGUGGAGGUGGAAAUAGGAUGGUUUUGUGAGUGGUAUUUGAUUGUUUGUAUCUUGUGAUGGAGUAUCUAAUGAGAGCUUGUCGCUUCCAUGCUUAAAGGGCUUUAUUCAUUUAGUAUUUCCUUUUCCUUUUAUUUUUGAUGUGAAAGGAGCAAUAGUUAGUAGCUUUCGGGAGGGAGCAGAAAGACUUUGUUAGCAUCAAAUCCAAAGAACUAUUAACCAAACAAGAAGGUUCUUUGUCAGUCUGGGAAACUUCACUCUUCCAGCGUUGCACAGGAAAACAUCAACUGCAGUUGCAGUGUUCACUGUCCUGCAAUAGGGAUUUAGACGUAACAGAAGAGAGGUUGUAAAGAGCUACCGAGUAUUAAGGAUGCAAAGCUCUUGCAACAAAGAUGGCCAAUCAUUGGCACCUUUUCUUAUUACUUGCUCUUCUCUAUGGAACUCUACUGAACAAUCAAAGUUUUCUCCUUCCAAGAGUGUUAUUACUGGACCAGAAUCAUCUAACAACGAAUUUUUCCAUGUGAAGCAAUCAGACUUGCUAUUUCAAGAACUGGAUUCCUUAUCAACUCUGUCAACCUGUCAGUCUCAAUACGUUAUGGCUGAUGCUGCAAGAAACAGCACUUCUGGUGAUGAAACUCAUGGAAGGCGUGCAGAGCAGUACCAGAGAUCACCUCUUUUGUGUGUCAGUGCAGAUUUUACUGUUAGCCAAGUACAGUUGGAUUAUAACAAGUCAUUGGCUUGCAUACCCUUCCCCAGCAGUGAAUCCUACUUUGGCGGGCUUGUAGCUGCUUAUGGGCCAAAUGCUCUUGUAUGUCCUCCUAUGGUGGGGAUGCUGCAUGCAAGAGUUCCACUUCCUCCUCUUCAAUGUGCAGAGGGCAUGCCUGUCUUGGUCAAUGCUAAGCAAUAUCGUGCAAUCCUCAGACGAAGACGAAUCCGUGCAAAGCACGAGGCUCAGAACAAAAUGCUCAAGUUCCGAAAGCCCUACCUUCAUGAAUCUCGACAUAAACAUGCGGUAAGGAGACCUCGGGGUUCUGGAGGGCGCUUUUUGAAUACGAAGGAUAUAAAGCCAUCCAACCUUUCAUCUCCAAGCUAUACUGAGGAUGCUCCUCUUAAAAUGCUUGCUGGAGAUAUAUCUGGCUCCGAAGCUCGGCUCUCAGAAAGUUGUAGUUGGGCAGCUUCCACCCCAUCUGGCUCUGAUGUCACAAGCAUAUUCAAUGGUGAUGACAUCUUCCAACACCCAGAGAAUCAGGUGUCAGCCUCUUCUUUCCACAUGGGCAUGCGUGUCGGAAAAGAUUCAACACAUUUAGAAGCUGGCAACCUGCUUUUCUUAUCCAUUGAUGGACGUGCUCGAAACUGACUGCAUCUGCAGCUCUGUUGGGCAACUCGCAAUGAAUAUUUGGCAGGACAUCCUUGGCUAUUUCACUACUCUUUGUUCCAGACUUGGAAUAAAAGAGGGGACUUCCUCGUAGGAUAUGUCCCAUUCAGGCAUUCGAUGGUUCCAUGAUUAUGGUUUCCAGAUAAAGAAGAAACGCAUAGCUGGACCAAUGUUGUGUGCUUUUAAUUUUAGUGUCAAUAAAAGGUAAUGAUCCUUAACUACUGCUCAGACAAGGAAUGGUUGUGCUUUCAAUUCCUUUUGUCUGAUGUUUUUCAGAGUCUGUUUUUCUUGCAUUUGGUUUUGUAUGGCUGUGUUUGGCCAUCGUUGGUGAUUAUGUCUUGCACUCGCAAAGAUGUACUAAUAAAAACUUUGAUUACCUUGUGUAA